CUCGGGAAAAAUCACUAGCUCACCACAGGCCAAAUGCUACUGACAUAAAUACAAAGCCCCGCAGUCAAAAUAUGCAUAAUCGCAUACAAGCAUAGUCCAAAUAAAAUAAACUAAAAAUGGCUGCAGAAAAUGUUGGAAAUGGCAUUAGGGUGUUGAUGUUUCCAUGGUUGGCUGUAGGGCAUAUCACCCCAUUCCUGGAGCUGGCCAAGAAAUUAUCCCAGAGGGGCUUUUGCAUCCACCUAUGUUCCACCCCCAUCAACCUUAGUUUCAUCAAAAACAAGAUCCCCCAGAAAUACUCUUCUUCAAUCCAGUUACUGGAACUUCACUUACCAGAAUCACCAGAACUCCCUCCUCACUACCACACCACCAAUGGCCUCCCACCCCAUCUCAACUCCACCCUCCAUAAAGCCCUCAAAAUGGCCGAACCCACUUUCUCCGACAUCAUGGGAACCAUGAAACCGGGCUUGCUGAUCUAUGAUGUUCUGCAGCCCUGGGUAGCAACAGUAGCCAAGUCCCACAAUGUCCCGGCCGUCCAGUUCAUGACUUCAUGUGCUGUGAUGACUUCUUAUGCCUUCCACGCAUUCUACCGGCCGAACGAAGAGUACCCUUUUCCGGAUAUCUCUCUAAGCAUCUAUGACCAAGAGAGGUUUCAGAAGAUUAUGGCUGACAUAAGAAGCAAAAACAGUGGUAAUAGUAAGGAGAAAAACAUGAUUUUGUUGAGUAGCUCUAGAGCAAUAGAGGGGAAUAAGUAUGUGGAUUAUAUCAGCGAGUUAGCAGGUUCAAAGGUCUUGACAGUUGGUUCUUUAGUUCAGGAGUAUGAUCAUGAUGAAGGGCGUUUUAGACCGUUGAUGGAAUGGUUAGGAACAAAAGAAGAGAGAUCGACGGUGUUUGUUUCCUUUGGGAGCGAGUAUUUUCUGUCUGAUCAUGAUAUGCAUCAAGUGGCCAUUGGAUUAGAGAAAAGUAAAGUGAACUUCAUAUGGGUUGUGAGGUUUCCUAAAAGUGAAUCCACAGAAGAUACUUCUCAUCAGAAUCUUCUUGAAACUUCAUUGCCAAAGGGUUUUGUUGAGAGAAUUGGGGAUAGAGGAAGAGUGGUUGAAGGAUGGGCCCCACAAGUAAGAAUUUUAUCCCAUCCCAGUAUUGGAGGUUUUGUGAGCCAUUGUGGGUGGAACUCUACUAUUGAGAGCAUUCAAUGUAGUGUUCCAAUCAUAGCCAUGCCUAUGCAUCUUGACCAACCUUUGAUUGCUAAAUUGAUUGUGAGUAUUGGUGUUGGCAUUGAGGUUGAGAGGGAUGAAUCUGGAAUGUAUCAUGGUGAAGACAUAGCUCGAGGUUGUGAUGAAAUUGUUUUGGGAAGAAAUGCAGAAAAGAUUCGGAGAAAUGUGAAAGUCAUGAGUGAAAAUGUAAGAGUCAAAAGUUCGAAAGAAAUGGAUGAGGUUUCUACCGUCCUGGCACAACUCUGUUCUCCACAUUAACACAAAGCAUCUCUUUGAAUAAAAUUUGCAUUUUCCCCUAUUGCUCAAUGCAAGUUUUUUUUUUUAAUAUCUAAUUUUAUUAUACUAUGUAUUUAAGUUCAACUUUUGGUAACUAAUACUUUAUCCAUCUCUUAAAAGAUUGUUAUCUUUAGCUUUUUGAAUCUAUUGUUAGAGUCCCACACCGGAAAUGUUUGAAUCAACGAAGUGUUAUAUUAAGACAAAAGCUACUCCCCUAUCAGAUUGACCUUUUAU